UCCGCCCGGCUGCUCCGCCCACAGCCUAUCGGCGCGGGGCUUCUCCCAGCAAGGAGGACCAGACUAGAGGAAGGCGCUGCACCCUCUCGGGCCCUCCACCAACAGCUCCAGCUGGAGGCCUCAACUCCCACCGAUUUAUCUGACUUCUGCCCAGACUCUGAAAUGCCAACUAUGUCAAGGCCUGCACUUGAUGUCAAGGGUGGUACCAACUCUGUGAAGGAGGAUGGCGACCAGGAGAUGAACUCUCUGGACUACUCCGACCUCGAGGUGAAGGAUCACAAAGCAGUGGCCAUUCUGCACUACCCUGCGGCCAACUCAAAUGGAGCCAAAGCCAAUGGCGCUCCUGCGAGCGCCUCUGGAUCAGCAUCUCCUGUAGGCUCUCCUACUGCCAGCCCUUCUAACAAGCCCCCACCCUUCAACCUGCACCCUGCCCCUCAUCUGAUGGCCAGUAUGCAGCUGCAGAAGCUUAAUAGCCAGUAUCAGGAGGCUGCAGCAGCAGCUGCUGCUGCCACUCCAGACCAACCAGGGGAGGAAGGGGCCCUGCAAAACUGGGGUUUCGGGGCCCAGGCGGGAGGGGCAGGAUCAGCCACUCCUCCUGCUGGUUCCCAGAGCCCUACUGUCAUUGAUUCUGACCCAGUGGAUGAGGAAGUGCUGAUGUCUCUGGUGGUAGAGCUGGGGCUAGACCGAGCCAAUGAGCUUCCCGAGCUGUGGCUGGGGCAGAAUGAGUUUGAUUUCACUGCAGAUUUUCCCUCUGGCUGCUGAUGCCAAGUGUCCCUAAAAAUUGAGGAACAAAGCCACCAAUUAAGUUGUAAAUAAAAGUUACUUGCAAAGAGA